AUGAAUCACAGUUUAACAUUCACUGUGUAUAUAGAUGACAUCGAUCGAUAUUUCGUUUGCUUUCGUUUCAUAAGUAUCUGUCAGACUGUUGCAUCGCAAUUUGCUACAACAGUUACAGAACUUGUGUCGAACGUCGUUCAAACAGUAGGCAUUGCUGACUCAUGUUUCCCGAUAGAAUUAAUUGCAUGUCUGGACACAAUUAUCAAUGAAGUAUGUACUGAUGGCUCAGCAGUAGGUGGUGGUUCAUCAAUACACUUAUUGCAAACGGUAUCUGAACUCCGCAAUAUUAUUCGCAAUGUAUCGAAUCAAAGUUCAACCCUAACAUCAUCAAAACUAGUGCCCUACUCGCUAGAGCCAUAUCUAUCAACGAUGAAAGGUCUCAAUAUUAAUAAUGUUGGUAAUUCUCAGCGUCAACAAAGUUUCCUUAUGGCAUGA